CGGCAGGGAAGACAGGGUCCUUCUCUGGGGCAGUCGCGCAGGCAGCGGCUGCGGGAAGCCGGACACCGGGCGUCAUGUAUUACAAGUUUAGUGGCUUCACGCAGAAGUUGACCGGAACAUGGGCUUCCGACGCCUAUAGCCCGCAGGUGUAUAACAUAGUGAUUCUAUAAUUAUAUACAUUACAAAAUGCUCACCACUGGAUUAAGGCCUUUGGUUUCCACAGAAGCACCACCUAUCAUAUUUGCCACACCAACCAAACUGAGUUCUGAUUUUCCUGUAUAUGAUUAUGCUGGGAAAAACAAAGUUCCCGAGCUGCAGAAGUUUUUCCAGAAAUCCGAUGGUGUGCCCAUCCACCUGAAACGAGGCCUGCCUGACCAAAUGCUUUACCGGACCACCAUGGCGCUGACGCUGGGGGGGACCAUCUACUGCCUGAUUGCGCUCUACAUGGCUUCGCAGCCCAGAAACAAAUGACUUUAGGCUGCAGAGGACUGGUUUGCUUUUUGGCAUAAACCCUUUGAAUUUUCAUUUUUCACUGCUCUGUAAACAUUUUCUUUUUUUACUUGAAUGGUUUACUUAACAUUUUCCCAGAGAAAUAGGAAGAUAUUAAGGCAGUAUUUUGGUUUAUGAAAUGGUCCGUCAGAGCUCAUUGGACAGUUAAAACUAUUGCUUAAAGAAAUACUGCUGCUCCUUGGGCUCCUGAUUUCCCUGGAGGUUCUAGAGGGAGGCUGCACACAGGCUCAUCGACAGCAGUCUGUGCCGAGGUCCUUAGGGACUCAGAGUGGUGUUUUUGAGCAUGGGGGUACAGAGGCCUUUCUGGAUUUGGAUGUGAUUGAGGAAGGAAGAGAGAAACCAAGGCGAGGAGUAUGGAACGGAGGUUUAUGCUAGUAGACACCUUGGGGGUUUUUCCUUCUUGCAGUAAAAUGUUAAAAAUUAUUUGCAGCCUGACUCUGUUCAUUGGACAGUUUGUUUCCAAGGGUUAUUUGCCUCACCUCAGAUCUUUAGUGAAAUUUUAUGUGUAAUUGUUUGUAUUUAUUCCACCUCGGGAACAGAAGACACCUGUUGAGUGUUGUACUUUAGACCGGUGUGUUUUAUUAAUGCAGCUGUGACACAAAGUCUCCUUUACCUUUUCAAAAUGUUAUGGCUUUAAAUUAUGACUUAUUUUGAUUGUGGAAUAAAUACAUGAAUGAAAAA